AUGAACAAAUUUCAUUGUUGUAACGGUGGCAAACUUCAAUACACUCCCGAAGUUCUUUAUUGUUGGAACUUAAUAUGUCAAAGAAAAAUCAAACGUAAAUCGAAAUAUUAUUGCAAAGCUGAUCCAACCGGAGAUCGUAUCGUGAUAUGCACGAAAUGCCAUGAACUCGGAAAACAGUUGGAAUUUCAAGACGCUUAUGAUGAUCCAAACAGUUCAUGGACACUGAUGAAACAUGAUUUUGCCAAAGACGAAAGUACAACGUCGUGUUCUCUAUGUUACCGCCAGUAUCAUGAUGCAUGUAUUUUAAUUGUGAAAGAAUUAUGGCCAGAAAAUCGUUAUAUAUGCACUGAGUGCACAGUUCUUAUACCAAGGCAUGAUCCACAACACGUUUAUUCGGUUGAUGCUCUACCAAAAUCGAUAAUGAGCGAAUACAUUGAAAACAAAAUACAACAGUUGAUGAGUAGUGCAGAUUGUUCAAAACAUCAGAACAUUUACGUACGUGUUGCUUGUUCGCAUGAUAACAAGUUCGAUACCAACAAUGAUUUAAUAGAAUUGUACGAAACUGGCAUACCAGCAUCACACAGAUAUACAAGUCAAACCAUAUUAUUGUUUCAUAAAAUAGACGGAAUAUCUGUGUUAUUGCUUAUAAUGUAUGUUCAAGAAUACGAUGAAAAACAAUUCGUCAGCAAUAAAAAUCGGAUUAUGAUAUCGUACCUAGAUACGGUUAAUUUUCGCUCGCUAGGUGAUGAUCGACAGAUGAUCUAUUUCACUAUGAUCAUAAGUUAUUUGGAUUAUAUGCGACAAUUUGGUUAUACGAGUGUAUAUUUAUGGGUUAGUCCACCGAAAGCUGGAAUCGACUACAUUUUUAAUCAUCAUCCAGUUGGACAAAAUAUGCCGAGUUUUGCACGUUUACGUUCUUGGUAUGAAGAAUUAUUAAUAUAUGGUACUAAGCAGAAAGUUAUUAGAACGUACCAGGAUUUGUCAGUCGAGAAAAAACGAUGGAAGGCAGGUGAAGAGGUUUAUUGCUUACCGUAUAUGGAGGGUGAUACAUGGCCAAAACGUAUUCGAAAGGCUCUAAAUUAUGAUCUUUGUAUGGAAUGUUAUUCAAAUGAAAACCAUGAACAUGAGAUGAGAAAAACUGAUCCAAAUGUGCCAGCAACAAUACAAAUAUUUCCGUCAACAACAACAAUGACUGCGCCUCAAUCAACAACUCCGAAAUGUAUUACAUGCACGAUCCUUAAUUCACAAGUACAACUUCUUACAACUGAACUAGAAGUUUUUCGCCAUAAAAUAAGCAACACCGAACUACGAGUACUUGAGGCCGAGGAGCGAACACGUCAGGCCCGGGAACGAGCACGUCAGGCCGAAGAACGAGCACGUCAGGCCGAAGAACGAGCAUGUCAGGCCGAAGAACGAGCACAUCAGACAGAAGAACGCGCACAUGAGGCUGAACAAAACGCUAUCGAUGCCGAACGACUAACUGGUUGA